CAACGACCGUUGCACCUAAUUUUGAAAAGGUUUUGAUUAAAGAACCCCCAGGUUCCAUGCCGUCAACAAGGAAUCAUUUCCCUGCUUUGCUCGAGUCUUCUCUCUCUUGUUUGUGUGUUUGUCUGUCUCUUGCUCUUUUUCUUUUUUUUCGCUCUUCUUCACUCUAACCCACAUUCAUUACACUUGAAUCCAGGCUUGGAGCUGGACUCGUGCCUACAGUAUACGACGGCGAUUCAAUUGCUUUUUCCCUUAUGCUUGUCUACUCCGAAUCCUUCCAGACUUGGGUCAUCCAUUGUUACAGUUUUGAGCAAACUCAUUCCAGUCCUAGCUUCUAGAAGGCCUCCGCCACACUCAGGUCCCGCCGACGCUUGAGCUAUUGCUGCCGUCAGCACUGCACAGUCACUUACAUCGCCGUAUCGAGGUGAAGCUGAAGGAUUCACGCCCAAAAAUAACAACCUGAAUACAGUAGCGGCAGCACGAGGCACUUUCAGCCCAGCGAUCCCUACAAUCUUCCAACAGUCACUGUCACUGACUGGCAGCUGACAAUAGAGAUGCCUGCCAUGUGGGACAGCUUCAAAACUGGCACUGGCCCCAGCUUUCAUCAGCAACCACCUCGAGAGCUCAAGAACCGACCCUUUCUCCGCCAGACCCAGAGUACAAGUUCAUCACAGGCACUGCCACAGAAUAGGUCCACCACGAGCGUCAAUAGCAGCAACGGUAGAAAUUCGAACAAGUCACGCGACAGCAACUACGACAACCAAACAUAUCUCCAGGACGACUUCGAAAACCGUCUCAACGGUCUCGGAAUUCAAAACGGUCCUUUCAGAUACGAAAUUCGACGUGGUAAAACAGUUCGACAACCAUACAGCGCAGGCCCACCUCGUCUGUAAGUGCUACUUUCUUUUGUUCUAUACUUCUAUUCCAUACACUACACCAAAAACGAUUCGGAACUGCUGCGCCGAAAGGAUGCAACCCAACACAGCCCAUCAUGACAAAGGGCCCAUCAAGAGCUUUGUUAGAACGCAUGAUGAACAUGAGACGAGCUGGCGCAGCAGGGUUCCCUACAUGCGCACGCCUCAUUUUCAGCACGUGCAGGGUACAACAAAGCGAUGAAGGCUCAUCAGUCUCUUCUAGCCAGUUGGGCAUCGGCAAUUGCUGGAGUCGUUCGUCGUCAUAUAGUACGUACGCUCAAAGAUCGACAAGCCUGCAGACAUGUGCAAAACUUUGGACUUUUUAUUCUACAGUCACAAAAAUGAUUACUCUAACGACCUACUGUCUUCUUUACUAAAUCUACCUAAUAUUUUGGUCACUCAGGAUUGAGGUCUCAAAUUUUCUUGCUUCUUCCCUGAGGGCACCUUUAAUGCUUCUCAUGCGCCUGAUGCGACUUGGCAAUAACGACCGUAUAUCUGUUCCUGACUAACACAUUAUCUUCUCUCAGCUCCCCUGCUCUCGGCUCAGACGACAUCCGAGCGAACGCUCCUCCCCGAAACCCUCGAAAAGGCGAGGACGACUCUCCUUGGAGACCUGCCUCGUCCGUUUAUCCCGACGACGAAUUCGACUCGAGCAAGCGCCACUCUCGUCACUUACACCAUCGAUUAUCUCGCUCCAAGGCGCCUGCCAAAGACAUGUACGGGCGUUCUAUCGAAAUCUCCCCUCCAAGCUCCCCCGAGUUUGAUGCUGCACGUUACGAACCGAACUCUCAAGAUGUUUCACCAAUCGAUGACAGCCCAAAUUUAUCUCAGCUGGAUCUUCUAGGGGAACGCCGCCUCACCCCCAGACAAUCACAAACACAGCUUCGUAGCCAAAUACCAACUAUGCGUCGCGAUAAGCCUACAAGCCCUGGUCAACCUUCACCACUUCGCACGACUAGGUCAACCGAUCAACUUGCAGAUAUCACCACUCCAUGGGAAGCUAUGGAGCCACCAGCUGGCUCAUCCGACAUGCCCCAGCAAACAUUUGGACUCACAACAGUCGUCACUGGACCGCAGCGUACCACUUCCGGUAAUCCUUCUCCUUCACUAGGACAGCGAAUUCGCAAGUUUGCUAGAGCAAAGCCAGAGCCUGUUAACACCAGGCCACCAUGGAAUGGGGCAAGUGGCCGUGCGCCUAUGGUCGAUCCAGUUCGGGACGAUCUAACUGUUACACCAUUGAGCUUGCAGCGUAGGGUCAGCAAGCGUGUUGGGCUUGGUCGUGGCCCGUCUCCUGAAACACCUAGCGGCAAUGCUGGAACAUCUCGACGACUCCUGCCAUCACGGUCCACCCAGAACCUGAAUGAGGCUUAUAAGACACCAUCUCCUGAACUCAUUUCCCACUCAUAUCCCAGUCCGCCUAAUACUGGCUCUCCUCCCUCUCAGCCCACGAUCACGCAUGCUGCCGCUGCACCCAUGCUCAAUCCUAACAUGGUCCCUGACCAACUCAAGGCAGUCAAAAGGAAACCAUCGCCAUCGAGUCAUAACCCACAUACGUCGUGGUCAAGUUCCGUUUAUUCCGCAAUGACCGAAGAUACACUCCUUGGCAACAAACCGGUCAUUAACUCCAUAGAGCCAGGAAGUCAGUCGACACCAGAAGACCCUUGGGUACAGCCAACUUCUCGCUUCAGUGUCACGACAUGCAACACUGCUGCUGCUGCUGAAACACCUCGUUUAUCUGACAAUGAAGGUCAAGCUUCUCCGCCAGACACACCGAAGCAGCAACCGUCAGUAAUGGAUCGUAGGAGACCAGUUCCAGGCGGAGAUAACUUCAGGAGAGCCUCGAAUGUACCAAUCAUCAUAUCGAUGAAAUCAGCUUCGCCAUCUAAUGAUCGCCCGGCAUCUAUCAUUUCCACAGAUAAGGCACUUCCCCCGGCGCCGCCAGAGAUGCAGUCGGCAAACGAUCGUGUGGCAUAUCUCACGGCUAGACUUGACAGUCUGGCGCACCGUCGCAAUAACAUCAACAAGAGUAUUAAGCAGAUGACAGAGUUGAUGCCUACCGACAGGCUUCUGUCUAAUACAGACGUUAUUCGCAAGCGUGAGAUUGAGAAGAAGAAAGUGGAAGGGCUCAAGGAGGAGCUGGCGGAGAUUCAAAGGGAGGAGCACGACUUGGGCUUGAAGCUCUACCGAGCGAAUAAACGUCUUGAAAGAGAGGCGGCUUUUGAACCCUCAUCUCUCUGGGUCAGACGCGUCACAUCAUAAAGAGUUAAUGCUAGUGAUAACGUUUUUGCCUGUGGGUUCGAGAGAUUGUAUCUCUGAUGUAUAGGCAAGGCGUUGAGAAGAUAUGCAUAGCGGAUGGAGUUGGGCUUAUUUGUUUUCGAUUCUUUUUAUUUCUUGGAGCCACAUGUCCGUGGUUCUGGUUGUCAAUCAUACAGGCACAAAUUCUUUGAUGGUUCGAGAGACCAACUACAACGGACAAAUAGACCACUGUCACUUGACAAUGUAUACAAUUCACAUCAUGUUCCUUUAAAACGUGUUCUGGUAGGACAUGCAAAUAUUUUUUUCUUCUGUAAUACUAAUAGCUAAUAGCACAGACCAAAUGACUAUUAUUUAGUAAUUAACCAUUUGCAGACUCCAAACUUCUGCUGCGGCGCCAUUUCAACUGUGGCCGAAGCUACCCAUACUUAACUCCUGGCUUAUCCUGAUACUCUGCUUCUUACC